ACACUCCGAUAUUCUUUUCGUUGGUUUGGAAAAGGUGUUAAUUUUCUCCUUAUCAAGAAUUUUCCCGAAUCGGUUGGUGACACUUUCUAUAUAUAUAGCAGUUACGCAACCAAUCAAAUACGCGAAACACAAGAAUACAAGGAGAGUGUGGCUGACGAUAGCCCUCGUUUGGGUGAUAUCUGCGGCGAUAGGCUCUCCAAUUGUAUUGGGACUGAAUAAUACUCCGGAUAGAGUAGCGGACGCUUGCCUAUUCUACAAUAGCGAUUUUUUAAUUUACUCAAGUCUUUCGUCGUUUUACAUUCCAUGUACCAUCAUGGUUUUUUUGUAUUAUAAUAUAUUCAAGGCUCUAAGGAAGAGGGCGAUGCAAUUGAAGCUCAAUAAGAAACCAUUGGCGUGCGACAUAAAACCAGGAUCAGUGAUAGAGAAUAUCUCGAAUACGCACAGGUUGGCGGAGACGACGCUAGGACCGACGCCCAUCGAGGAACAGGCGACUAACACCGGUUCGGGCUCCGGCGACGAAGACGAAGACGUAGUCGACGCCGAAUGUCACGUCAUCUCGAACGACAAGAGCACGGAGUUCAUCCUUGCGACGGUCGUGGAAGAAGCCGCAAUAUCAACUGUAGUUGCCACCCUACCUCCUCCAAUGUCCGAUCCGAAUGGCAAUAAUGACUCAGGGUACGUACAUAGUCAUCAGGAUAUAUCUGUGCUCGGGAGUCCGCGAAAGAGUCGAAAUGCAGCUAAGAAAAACGGAGCGGCUCAUGACACAGAACUCAGGUAUGAAACGAAUCGUAUCAUUUCAACGGUUUCUACAAUAGACUCAGAAAUGGAAAAACCAAUGUCAACAGGUUCUAAGAAAGAAAGGAAAGCGACAGCCGCUGCCAGAUUCACAAUUUAUAAAGUCAACAAAGCAAGUAGAAAGAAACGAGAGAAAUCGUCAGCGAAGAAGGAACGGAAAGCUACAAAAACUCUAGCUAUUGUGCUCGGCGUAUUUCUGAUAUGCUGGUUGCCGUUUUUUACCUGCAAUAUUCUAGAUGCUAUGUGCAGCAAGCUGAAUCUUCCAUGCCAGCCAGGGGUUGCUGCUUUUCUACUAACCACGUGGCUGGGGUAUAUGAAUAGUUUCGUUAAUCCAGUAAUUUAUACAAUAUUCAACCCAGAGUUCAGGAAAGCGUUCAAAAAAUUAAUGUUUCUAGGGCCUUAGUUACUUCAUUUCCACAUGUAUAUAUUUUGAAUCUCAUUUGAACUAUCUUCUUCAUCUGUUAUGCAUUUCAUGAGUUGAAAUGACUGUUUUACAUUCCAUUAUAAAAUUUCUAUUUUCAAUUCAUCGAUAACAUAUCAAAUUAAUUUUUUCAACGAACCUGAAUGUGCUGCAACGAGUCCAACUUUUGAACUUGCAUGAUAAACGAUGAACCACCUUGCCAAAAAUUACCAAAGCUUUGUUCAAAUGUGGUUGACCAUGGAUGAACCUUUGGAUUAUCACUGCCUAGUAAAGUGUAAAUUGAUUUGAAGAAAGAUGGGUUAACUGAAAUAAAAAAAUAAUUUCGAAGAACGAAUAGAAAUAAACGAUGAGUAUGAAUGUUGCAGUAUGAGAACAUUUGUUGUGUGUUGAAGAAAUAUCUUGAAAUGGAAUGAUUUCUCAAAAUGAUUUGAAAAAUAGUAAAAUGUCGAUAGUGUAUACGAACAAUAAAAAAUGAAAAUUGGAAAGAAACGAUGGUGAUGAAUAAGAAAAGUGAGCUUGGCUGAAUGUGUCCACAACAUGUACGCAGCUUCUUCAAAUUUCUUUUCGAACCAGUGUUUCCCCUUUGAGAAGAGUACUGAGUGUAAGGCUUUUUUGCCUUGAAAGGAUCUUGUUGUCGACUGUUAUAUCAACUCGUUGAAGUUACCACUUUGUUGAAAGUCUUUCCUGAUAUGACCCAGAUUUUUGUCGACAUUGCUGUUCGUGUUAUCGAGACUGAAUGCACGAUCAUCUGUGGUUUCAACGAUUCAACUCCAUGAAGAUUGGUGGUGGUUGUAUUCUUAAUACAGCUACUGUUCCGUGAGAGUUUAUGUUUUAUUUACACUUGUUUUUGAUUCUUCACCGUCUAGAAACGGCAAUUCAUCAUAAAUGUUUCCCUCAAUCAUAAGUAGUUUGCAAGUUUUCGCAUCGUGAGCUCAUUUACUAAUCAUCAUUUUUGUUGAUUCUAUGUUAUUUUCCCACUUUGAUUAGCA